GAGGACAAUGAGGAGGACAAUGAGGAGGAAGAACCUGACACAAUUACAGACCAGAAUAUUUCUGAAUUGGCACUUAAAAAAGAGAAACUCCUCAGAUCCAAAAAGCCGGUGGCCAGAAGCUACGUGCCCAGUGUGAGCAAAGAAAAGGGGGAUGUGACAAGCAAGUUUGAGGCCAUGCGGAAGGCCAGGGAUGAGCGCAGCCGGCAGAGGAACAAGGACGAGAAGGAUAAAAGGAGGGAGCAAUACAUCAAGGAGAGAGAAUGGAGUCGCAGGAAGCAGCAGAUAAAAGAACUUCUCGCUUCCAGUGAUGAGGAAGAGGAGGUGAAGCCAGCGAAGGUAGAAAAAUCCUACGUCCCCAAAAUCACAGGUAGUGUGAAGGGGAAGUUUGCAGAAAUGGAAAAACAAAGACAAGAGGAGGAAAGGAAGAGGAUGGACAAAGAGAGGAAGAAGAGAGAAGCCCAGGAUAACAUGGAGAAAGACAAAAUUAAGAGAGAGCUGGCUAAGAAAGCACUUGAGGAAGGGGAUGACACUAUCCUGGUACGAGUGGUUCCAGCAAAGGCAUCACGACCUCCAGGCAGAAUCAAGAUGAACUUUGAGGACAUGGAGAAGAAUCGAGAGGAGGAUUUGCAGAAGAAGGCUGAAGAGGAAAAGAAGAAACGAUAUGAUGACAACAGACGCUCCUUCCGGGAUGCCAAGCGACGCUCGAUUGUUCCAGACGAUGAAGAAGAGAAGAAUGCAGAGAAGGUGCAGGUAACUCCUGGAAAGCUGAAGCUGACAUUUGAGGAGCUGGAGAAGGAGAGGCAGGAGCAGAGAAAGAAGCAGGCUGAGGAGGAAGCCAAACGCCGUCUGCUGGAUGAAAAGAAAUCUUUUGAGGAGGCCAGGCUGGGAAUGGGAGAGGAUGAGGAAGACGCUGAUCCAGCUGAGGAAGACAAGGAGGAGGUCCGACCUGGAAAACUGAGGUUGAGCUUUGAAGAGCUGGAGAGGCAAAGGGUAGAAGACGAGCGCAAGAAAGCAGAGGGGGAUGCCAAGAGACGGAUGGAGGAGGAGAGAAGAGCUUUUGCUGAAGCCAGGAAGAGCAUGCUUGUAGAAGAGGAUGAUGAGGCUCUAAUGGCCUUGCUGAACCUGGAGGGCAGUAAGCCUGGAAAGUUGUGCGCCAGUUUUGAGGAGCUGGAACGCCAGAGAAGAGAGGAGGAGCAGAAGAAGGCAGAGGAGGAGGCCAAGAGGAGACUGGAAGAGGAGAAGAGGCUCUUUGCUGAGGCCCGCAAGACCAUGAGCCCUGGUCUGGAUCAGGAAAACUCAGCAUAUGGAGAUGAAAAAGCACUAGAUGAGGAGGGAGAGUUGGUGAAGACUGAAUCUCAGGAAGCACUGCACCCCGGAAAACUGGAGAUCAACUUUGAAGAGCUGCUGAAAUUAAAAGAGGAGGCUGAAAGGAAACGCAAGGCAGAAGAGCGCAAAAUGAAAAUGGAGCAGGAGAAGCAGGAGUUUGAACAACUCAGACAAGAGAUGAGCGAGGAUGAAGUAAAUGAAAGCUCGGAUGUUGUGAGCAAAGAGUAUGAAGAACUGACAAAGCUCAAGAGGACUGGCUCCAUCCAGGCCAAGGACCUCAAAUCCAAGUUUGAGAAGAUCAAGCAGCUGAGUGAAGAGGAAAUUCAGAAAAAGAUUGAGAUGGAGAGAGCACGGAGAAAGGCCGUUGAUGAUGAAAUUAAAGAGAGAGAAACUGAGCGGUUUAUGGAGGAGGAUGAGGGAGGAGAAACGACUUCAGUGAGGGCCGAGGAGUCACCAUUCAAACAGAAGGUGGAUAUGCGGGCUCGAUUUGAACAAAUGGCCAAAGCCCGAGAGGAGGAGGAGAAGAGGAGGGUAGAGGAGCAGAAGCUGCAGAGAAUGCAGUUUGAACAGCAAGAGAUUGAUGCUGCCCUGCAAAAAAAAAAGGAAGAUGAAGGCGAGGACGAGGGAAGCAUCAUCAACGGCUGCGCGGCCUAUGAGGAUGAGGAGGAUCAUGCCAGAUCGGGCGCUCCAUGGUUUAAGAAACCUCUUAAAAAUCAGUCAGUGGUGGACUCGGAGCCAGUUCGGUUCACCGUUAAGAUCACCGGGGAGCCCAAGCCGGAGGUGACCUGGUGGUUUGAGGGAGAGAUGCUCCAGGACUGUGAGGACUAUCAGUAUAUAGAGAGAGGAGAGACGUACUGCCUCUACCUGCCGGAGACCUUCCCAGAGGAUGAGGGAGAGUACAUGUGCAAAGCUGUGAACAGCAGAGGCACAGCAGCAAGUACCUGCAUCCUCACAAUAGAAAGUAAGACCACCUUGGUGUGA